AUGCCACGCGACGACGUGUACCGCCCGCCGAGGACUGUAACCCCGGCGGGGGUGUUCGUCCUGAUGUUUGCUCGCGCCGCACGUCGAGGCGGCUUCACCGCGAGAGCGGUGGCGAGACGACUCGGGACGAUCUUACGAUUGACAUUUCGUUUGGGAAAGUUUUCCACACUCCUCUGGGUAUUCAAACUUCUCGGUCUCAUCGCGUACUCCUUGAUCCUGGCACCGGCGUUCUUACGCGUCGCUUGGAGGUGUGUGACAUCGAGGAACAUCGAACUCGGCGUCGUUUACGGGGAUGCGCCGAGAAACGCGCUGGAUCUGUACUUUCCAGACGACGGCGACGAAGCGAGAAGACAGAGGAGAGAGGCAAUCGGUAGGGGAUCAGUUUCGGACGCGCGCUCGAGCCCCAAAUCUUCACCGCACGAGGCAGAAGCGCCGGCCGCGCGACCUGUGGUGAUUUUCAUUACGGGAGGGAUGUGGAUAAUCGGUUACAAGGCGUGGGGGGCGCUGCUCGCCCAGCGUUUGUCGAGACGAGGGUGCAUUGUUGCUUCAUUAGAUUACAGAAACUUUCCGCAGGGAACGAUCGGAGACAUGAUCGCGGACGUUGGAUGCGGAAUUGGUUGGGUGCUUGAUCGAAUCGAGGCGCUGGGAGGUGAUGGGCGAAAAGUCGUGGUGAUUGGCCAGUCGGCUGGCGCACACAUCGCGGCGACGUGCCUGCUUCGACAGGCUGGAUGGGCGCAAUCCAAGGCGCAUUUCCCGAAUGGUUGGUCGCCUGGAGCAAUCUCGAGGUUCAUCGGUAUUUCUGGCCUGUACGCACCGGAUGAUGAGGCGCUCGUCGAGCACGUUCAUCGCCAAGGGUUGUACAAGAACGUGUUCUGGUCCAUCAUGGAGGCGGGCUUUUCUGGUGCGCGCGCAUCGGAAGCGUUACCACGAGCUUCGCCCGUGACCAUCUUGCGCGAGCAUGAGGUGCGAGAGAACGUUCGAAUCAUACCUCCCGUGAUGCUUUGUCACGGUGAGUCAGACAAAUCGGCCCCACCCGGGCAGAGUAGAAUUUUUGCCUCGGCGUUGCGAAGCGUUGGCGUCGCCGUGGAUGAGCGAUAUUAUGUGGGCAAAACGCACACAGAUCCGUUCGUGACGGACCCAAUUUUGGGUGAAGACGUGCUCCUCGAUGAUAUUACUAACUGCAUCUUCGGUAGACGUCUACCGCCGUUCGACGAACGACCGCUGGUGCCUCGCUUCCUCGUAGAAUUUGCUAGACUUGUCGUUCCGUUUUAG